AAUUAAACCAUUAUUAAUUUAAAGCAUAGUGUUAUCAACAUUAACAGAAAAGUGUUUGUAUUAUUAUGGGAAUAUGAAUAUGCUCAUUUCAUAUUAUAAGAUACGUAAAUUAUUUUGUAAUUCAUUUAAUUUAUUGAAAUCUGGUAAACUAUCUUAGAAAAAUGAUUCUCUUGGGAAACUUAUUGAUCUAAUAUAGCAACUCAGAUAUUUUGUUUUUAUUUUGAUUUCGAUCGAGAAUCAAGAUUCGAACACGGAAGUAGUUGGUUUCUUGUUGUUGACGCUUGCAUUGCGAAACAUGUCCUUUUGCUUAAUUAAAAAUAUAAAAUAUGUUUAAAUUAUGGUGAAUGAUACAUUGACUCCAUGAUACGGCAAGUUAAUCCAAAAUAUGGCUUCGAGGGGAGAAAAAGCGAAUGGAAAUGGCGAGGAGCAGAUCGUCGAGACAUUGGCGGAGGUGUUCCGGUGCUUCAUCUGUAUGGAGAAGCUGGUGGAUGCACAUCUGUGUCCUCAUUGCUCGAAACUCUGUUGCUACGGUUGUGUGCGACGAUGGCUAACGGAGCAGAGAUCCCAGUGUCCACAUUGUCGUGCCGCUCUGCACCUCCAUGAGCUCGUUAACUGUCGUUGGGUAGAAGAAGUUACACAGCAAAUCGAAACUAUGCAACAAACAAAUUCCGCUUGUCAAAGGGAAAGUUUUCGCGACAGGUGUCCGACACAUCAGGAGAGGCUAACUGUCUACUGCUGGACAUGUCGGCGCUGUAUAUGUCAUCAGUGUGCUUUAUGGGGUGGCACACACUCGGGCCACACAUUUAAACCAUUAGAAGAGGUGUAUGAGCAACAUGUAACUCAGAUAAGAGAUGAAGUAGCCCAGCUGCGACGUAGACUGAUGGAGCUCAUAAGUCUAGUACAGGAUGUGGAACGUAAUGUCGAAUCCGUGCGCGCUGCGAAGGACGAGCGUGUACGUGAGAUUCGAAACGCCGUGGAACUCAUGAUUUCGAGACUCGACUCCGCUCUUAAAGCGAAGUUGUUGACUCUGAUGGGCCAGAAGAAUGGCCUCACCCAAGAGACAGAGCAGCUCGAACAUCUCCUGCAGGAGAUUGAGCACCAAUUACAUUCCAGCACUAGAUCUGAACUGAUAGCGAAAAGCAUGGAUUUAUCAAAAAUGAUUCACCAAGUGCGGAGGAAACCGAUGGCUAGUUUCGUCUCCGCGCCCGUACCGGCCGAUUUCCAUAGCGAGAUCGUGCCGAGCUACGACAGCAGCACGUUCCCGCUGGGCGGCUUCACGCAGCUGCAGCACGCGGCGGCGCCCGUGUACUCGGCGCCGCUGCACGUCAACGGCCUGUGCUGGCGCCUCAAGGUGUACCCCGACGGCAACGGCGUCGUGCGCGGGAACUACCUGUCCGUGUUCCUCGAGCUCAGCGCCGGCCUGCCCGAGACCUCCAAGUACGAGUACCGAGUGGAGAUGCUGCACCAGGUGUCGCGCGACCCGUCCAAGAACAUCGUGCGCGAGUUCGCGUCCGACUUCGAGGUGGGCGAGUGUUGGGGGUACAACCGCUUUUUCCGCCUCGACCUGCUCGCCAGCGAGGGCUACCUCAACCCCGACACGGAUACACUCAUUUUGAGGUUCCAAGUUCGCCCGCCUACGUUUUAUCAGCGAUGUCGCGAUCAGCAGUGGUAUAUCAACCAGCUGAUUACAAUGCAGAAUCAGCACAUUCUGCAGAUUAAUGAUCUCAAGGAGCGCUUGACACUGGAGAUGUCCCGCAACUCGAUGGCGGCGACGCGCGCGAGCCCGCCGGGCGCCGUGACGUCACCGGCGGCGGCCGGCGCGGGGGAGGACAACCCGUCGCAGAACAACCCCGUGGACGGGAACGGCCUCACCGAUCCGAUCGUCUUCGGGAACCAGUGGAAGUUCAACACGCCGCAAUCCAUUCUUAACGGACAGCGGCUGACUAGCCCGGGCAUCCUGAACACGGCCAUGUACGAGGAGGCGGGCGCGGUGGGCGCGGGGGGCGCGGGCGGCGCGGGCGGCGUGUGCUGCGCCGAGUUCGCGGCCGAGCGCGCGCGCAGCUCCGCGCAGCACGCGCUUGACUCGCCCUACAACAUGCCGUCCACGUCCAGGUCCGCGAGCUCUCUGCAGGGUGCGGAUAACUUAGCGCUGGUGAGCCUUCACACGCUUUUGAGUGCGACCGCGCCCGCUCGUCCCAUACGACCCCGAGUGCGCCUCGACAGACCUGCAGAGUCGCCGCUCGUCGCAGUGGCAAGUACACCCGCGACAGAAGCGAGCACCACUAGUACCACUGUAUUAUGUUCGUCGUUAUCGUCUCCAGAGCUGAACGGCACCACUAGCACCAACGGUGAAGCAGGAGCAGCGAAGCCCGAAGACUCUGCCGGAGGCUCCACUAGCCCUCAACCAGUUGUGACACAACCCGUUUCCGAAUCGAGCAGUGACACCGGAGAUCUCAUGUUCAGUGAGUUGGAUGGUUUCGUGGAUGAAAACAACACAAAUCACACCGAUGAAAUCUCCAACGAGGAAAACGACGUCGACGAAGAAACUAUGUCAGGAGAGAAUGACAUAGAAGGUGCGUGCGGUGGACGUUCCAACGACGCGGGCGACAUCCUCAGCCGACUGCUGUGCGCCGUGCACGGGCGCGGGGUCACGCCAGCGGGCAGCGACGGGCCCCUGUCGCCCGCGCACGCCACCCCGCACGUGUCCGCGCACACCACUGCGCACACGCCCUCGCACCCGCACGUGUCCUCGCACUCCACCGCGCACGCCCCCCCGCAGGGACCCCACCACUCGUUCUUGCACCUGCCCGCCACCCUGCCCACUCCCGCGCGGCACGACGACCCGCAGUUCUCCACCUCCGCUCACACCGACAUGCUGCUGCUGAACCUCAUGCGCAUCAACGGUCUGACUCCCAAGUGCCCGAAGAGCUCGCGGACCGGGCCGAAGCGCAACUGGUCCACGUCGUCACAGGGCGAGGCCCCGUCGCGGCCGGCGGGCGGCGCUCCGCCCCGCGCGACCCGCCCCGCGCGCCGCCCGCCCCGGGCUCCCCGCAACCCGCCGCUGUCGCCCGGGCAGCUGCAGCGGGACCUGCCUCCGAGCAUGGGCUGGGCGGGCGCGGCGAGCGGCAUGGUGGGCGCGGGCGCCAGCGCGCUGCGCGAGUGCUACUGGCCGUCCGCCUCCUCGCUCAGCGACACCGACGACGUCGAGGUCAUUCUCGACUACAACGACACACUAUUCGACAUGCUGUUGAACAGCCUGUCUCUAGAGGGCGGCAGCGUUGCGGAAUGCGAUGAGGCGCCUCCAGUGCAGCCUUGGAGCCCCGCCCGCGAGCCACGCAACGAUUGAUCCGUGCGGCGACAACACCCGCACCAACCACCACACCGACAUGACCAGCACUAUCCGCACUAAGCGCACUACCGGCUGGAAACCACGCCCUAACGAGACGAAUACCACUGCGAGUACCAGCACUAAAUAUUGACAGCUUUUAAAAAGUUCUAUUUCAAUGUUAUUCGUUUUAGUCCCACUACAACAAUCUUGGUCUUUUUGAAAGCUUAAUGUUCAUUAUAACAAUGCGAUAAGAAGCUCUGGUGCUAGAUGUUAUUUUUAAAUAUCAUUUAGAGGUCAAAAAUAAAGGACAAAAGAAUCAGGUGCCGGUCAGCAAGCGAAAAACGUACUAACCAGCCUCCAACCUUUUUGUCAGCAUUUGAUUCUAACACAUCGCAUAUAACAUACCGGGAAAACAGUUGUCAGUACAUCCAUAUUAAAUGUCUAAAUACUAAGUGUUUGAAGACAUUCAAUUGUAGUAGUCGUUUCUGAAUGUCUCUUUUAAUAUCUAAAUGUUUUAAGCAUCUGUUGUAGAAUCGUACAAUUUAGUGAUACUAUUGAAAUAUGUCCUUCGAAGCUUACAUAUAACUUGAUAUAUAGAUGUUAUUAUCCACUAUAUAUAUCUGUCUUUGCCGCUGAGUGAUUGGAGUUUAACAUUCCUUAUAUUUUAGUAACCAUUAAUCGCUCGCCUUGAUUUGAAAGUUUGCUGUUAAUUAUAACGAAUUAAGAUUUUACUGCGCUAUAUUGCUCGUAAACGUACUUGUAUUUUGGAUAUAAAAAUCAUGUCUGACUGGACUCCUGUGCAGUUAAGUGUGGGUAAAAAUCAAGCGUGGCUUGUGUAAUCGUUGUAUUGCCAAAGAUUUGGACUGCACAAUUUUUGUUAGUGGAAUUUUAGUGCCACACUGAAAAAAAUAUGGGAUCUGCUCUUUUACCUAUGGACUGUAUGACGUCGCUUAGAAAACGGUUUGCCUUCGUAAGGAACUAGUUUCAUGAAAUGGAACAAUAAUAUUCGGCUAUUUUUUUAUCACGGCAUUAAGGUUGUUUUCGUACUCCAUCGUGCAAAAAAAAUUAGAGUGGUCCGUUUUGAGGUUUGUGAAAGAAUUUUAUAGAUAAAAAAAAAUAAAGGUAACGAUAUUUUUAUCUUAUUAUCGGUUUCGUAAAUCUCAGCAUAAUUUUAAUUAUUAUACUCAUUAUGAUAUUGUAGAGAGCAAGAGACUUGCCUCGACUCGUUCCGGGUCCUCGAGUUUAGUUUUAUUACAGGUUGCGUGGAUGAAUGAACGUUAGAAUAUUAAUUUGGGCAUUAAAUUAUUUACUCAAAAUUUGAUCUCGGACAUUAUCGGUAAUUGAGUGUCCAUGACAGCUGAAUCUUUUCUUCCUCCGCCUCGUGUAUCGCUACAUCUUUUCAAAAACUUUUAUUCAAUAUUGCAAUAUCUCGAUGUUCUAGAUUAUAGGAAUUGACGUAUGUUGCGCGUUUUUGAACUUAUUUUGUUUUUAUUAUACUACCCAAAGAAUUUGAAGUUUCAAACUCGUUUAAAUUUGUUUUUUUAUUCUUUAAUUUAUAACAAUAGUCGCGUUGCAUUCGUCAAUAUGUCACUCUGACUUAAUACUGGUUAUCUUGCUUGUUUUAGCCUGUUAUUGGUUUUAUAUAAGAUUCAAUUGUGAUAUUUUACGGAAUAAUUAAUAGAAGGAAGAUAAUUGCAUCGCAUUUGUUUGUGAUCGUUGAUUUUAUAAUACUGUGUCUCAAUAUUUUCAACUACCGAUUCUUAUACUUUAAAGAUUUCUACUUUUAUUCUUAAAUAGUUAUGAUUAUUUUGUCAUUUCAAAUUAUAGAUCUCCACGUCGAAUUAUCAACGUGCAUUAGUGUGAGUGAAAUUCGUGCUUGCAAGUUGUCUUAGUGUGCGAGAGUCGACUUAGUCAGGACACCAAAAAAAAAAAAAAAUACAAAUAGAUUAUAUUUGUUAAGGUUGUUGUUAUUAAAAAAUCCUAUCAGACAUUCUGUAAGUACGAACGUCAUUUAUACUACUUACUGUAAGGCGAUAACUACGUGGAGUCUUCGUGAAUGAUAUUUAAAUAUUGUUUGAUGAUCUUUUACCGAAUAAAUGCAUGUAUUAUUUAUAUGAUUUGUUUGUUAAUCAAGCAGGAUAGGCAGUAGAAUAAAUUUUAAUCGAUAUCACUUCAAUAUGCUGUUGUUAAAGUAGAAAUCGGUGUUAAAUGUGACUGUAGCGAUAUAACAAGUUCGAACGUAGUAUUUAAACUAUUAGGUUAUGUAGUGUGUUGACUUAAAGUUCAAAGUUAGUUUAAGAGUUGAUUGCUAUAUAUGUUUUAAACUUUACUUUUUCGCUGUGAAAUUUUUUAAUUAAAAAAAAAAAACGUUUAAUGACUCACCAUAUAAAUUAAUAAAUUAUACAUUUAUUUAUAAAGUAUCAAAUACAACCGAUGGGUACAAUUGCUAUGUUUUAGAAUCAGCUUUGGUAAAUAACUGUUAACGAAAAUACCUAUUUUUGAUUCUGUCUAAAAUGUUGUAUCGAUGUACGUGAAUUGAUGUAAUAUAUAUAGCAAAAAUU